GCAGACAUGAGAAAAACUGAAAUAUGAUAUAUGCAUGAUAUAGUAGCAGAUCAAUAAGAGACAUAAUUGUGAUUUUUUAUGUUUUUGAGGAAGUAUAAUUUUAAUUGUGUCUUGUAUGAAAAAUCAACUUAUUUGAGAGGAUGUUUAAACUGGAUUGUACAAAAAUUUAAUGUUUAUUGAUCCAUGAAAGGGAAAGAAAUAAAAAGUAUAUAACAAAAAGGAAAACUAAAAUCUGGAAAUUAGCAUAUGUGGAUGGAACAACAGUAUUCAAUAGAUAAAAUAUGGUGCAUUUGAGGGAGUAUUUUGUGAUAAACCUGAAUUUUCAGACUGUGCACAGUUAAAUUUUAUAGAGAAAGAGAAAAUAUUGUACUGGAAGGAUGUGUGUUUCUGUCAACGAGGAAGAAGACUGAAUAAGAGGACAGUUCCAGAAUCUUCAGUGAAUUGUUUUAUAAGCCCCAUUAUCAACAUGGAACGUGAACGAACGGAAAUGGUGGAGGUAAAUGAAGAAGAGAAUACAGAUGGUGUGCAUGUUACGAAGACGUACCAGACGACAGAGGUGGUAUAUCAGGAGUACGAGCCCUCGUGUCUUCAACGAUGCAGCAACAGAAUUAUACGAGUUCUGGAGACUAUGUUUUACAUGGUAGGCCUGUACGUUGCGCGGCAUCCAUUUCUCACAAUUCUGUUAAGCCUUUCCCUCUGCGGCCUUUGCGGAAUCGGUCUGAUGCGGUUUGAACAGACGACUGAUGAUGCGAAGCUCUGGGUCCCAAAGCAGUCACGCGUUCUUCCAGAAAAGGCCUGGGUCGAUGAAAACUUUCCCCAGCAAUAUCGAUUCACCUCCGUUAUUGUCACGGCUUAUAAUAUCUUCUCGCCUACAACAAUUAAUUCUAUGUAUGAUAUGUAUCUGCAGUCUCGGAUGACCUUUACUGUAGAUAAUAAAAACCUGGACUACAUGUGUGUCAAGAUUGGUCACAUGUGCCAUGUCAAAAGCCUCCUAGAAUUGUGGCAGUAUAACGGCACAAUCAUUCGAAGUCUAACCCUCGAUGAUAUUCUCCAAACGGUGAAUCAGAAGAUAGCAUACAGCCCAACAUACGGUACAGAAUUCAGCCUGGAAUACAUGCUAGGAGGUAUACGUCGAGAUAACCGCGGAAAGAUUUUAGGGGCAGAAUCAGCAACCAUGCUCUGGGUUCUACAUAAAAAUCCUGAGUUUGAAACAGCUGCCCUUGACUGGGAAAAACAGAUGAUAGACAUGGUGAAUGCUGGCCGACCAUAUUUUGCCCAGUCAUAUAUCUAUGCAACAAGGACGUUUGAUGAUGAGGGUUACGGAGCAGUGAAGGCAGACACAUCUCUGUUGACCGCUGGGUUCAUGAUCGUCUAUGUGUUUAUUAUUUUAGUCCUUGGAAGAUUCAAUAUGGUGGAAAACAAGUUGUAUGUGUCCUUGACUGGUAUAUUCACCAUUGGGCUCUCCAUCCUGUUCAGCUACGGGCUCGCCAUGGGCUUUGGGUUCCUUUAUGGGCCCAUACACAAUAUGAUGCCUUUCCUGCUUUUGGGUAUUGGUGUGGAUGACAUGUUUGUGAUCGUUGGAGCAUGGCAGAAUCUCAGUCCUCAAGAACAGAAGCUGCCAAUUGACAAAAAGAUGGCCUUGACCUUGAAACACGCGGGUGUGUCGAUAACGGUGACAUCAGUCACGGAUAUUGUUGCGUUUGCGAUUGGGAGUUCCACGGUCAUCCCAGCUUUAAGCGCUUUCUGUGCGUACGCAGCCUUCGGAAUUCUGGGAUUAUAUUUCCUCGUCUCGACAUUCUUCGUUGCCAUAUUGACUCUGGACGAGCGAAGGAUUAGUGAUAAUCGAAACUCUGUGAUAUUUUGUUAUAAGCAUAAAAACUAUGUGCCAAACUCUUGUAGCAAGCGCGAUAUUAUAGGAUCUUUUAUAAAGAAGAUCUAUGGACCGACUUUAAUGAAAUUACCAUGUAAAGUAUGUGUAGUUAUAGUGACAGCCGUGCUAGUGUGUGUAAAUAUAUGGAGCUUUACUAUGUUGCGACAGGAUUUUAACAUCUACGACUACCUUCCACAAGAUUCAUACGCCACCGAGUAUGUACAAGCCCAGCUGAAAUACUACCCAGACAGGGGAUUUGAUGCUUCCAUAUACUGCGAUGGCAUGGACUACUUUGUAAACAGAAGGAAAUUAGAAGCUAUGUACAGUGACGUAACCAGUGACCCAUAUAUUCAGAAUGGUUCUGUUGUAUUUUGGUACCCAGCAUUCACCAACUACCUCAAAACUACACAAGAUUCCAUGGUUACCUCACAAGUAAAAGAUGGUUUUCCUCAGUCCAGUGAAGCAUUUAACUCCUUGUUGCUGUAUUUCCUACAACAGCGGGAAGGGAGAUCAUUCGGACAGUUCAUCAAGUUUGAUAACUCUUCCACACCAACAAUUCAAGCCACAUAUAUCCCGUUCUUCCACACGCACCAGGCAAGCUCGGCGGGUGAUAUCGAUGCCAUGGAUAGUCUGAUGGCCAUUUUGGACAAGGCCAACUUCGUCAAUGGAUCUUGCUUUUCCUAUGGGUUCAAAUAUCUCAACAAUGAAACAAAUAGGGUGUUAAAGGGUGAGCUGUAUCGGAACCUGGCAUUGGCGGGGUUGUGUGUAUUUAUAGUCACCCUGCUGCUGAUUUCCAAUCUCUGGACCAGCAUCCUUGUCUUCUCAUGUGUUGCUUUCACUGUGAUUGAUGUGACUGGUACCCUGCAGUUUUGGGAUGUGACCAUUGAUACAGCUACUAGCAUUCUGAUCACCCUGUCAGUUGGGUUGGCAGUGGACUAUUCUGCCCAUGUGGGUCACAUGUUCAUGACUUUACUCGGGGAUAGGGAAGAUCGAGCGAAAGCGACACUUUGCAGUAUAGGUCCAGCAGUAUUGAACGGAGGGCUCAGUACCUUCCUUGCCUUUGUACUUCUUGCAAACAGCACGAGUUACGGAUUUAUGCUGUUUUUCCGGGUAUUUAUGACCGUGGUUAUUUUCGGGCUCUACCAUGGGCUUGUAUACCUGCCCGUAAUACUCAGCUGGGUGGGCCCCUCGCCCUACCCCUCAGAAGCAAAAAUGGCGCCCAAGCAUAACGGCAUGGCUGAUCCUAAACACUUGCAUGACGGGGCCAAGAUACAGGGCAACGGUCAUGUUAAGGGAUGUUUCUGUACAGGCUGACAGUGUUUGCCAUCAGUGCAGAUGCACCCUACAUUCAGAACUUCUUAAUCGACCUUCACAUGAAGGUCAAGGUCAUAUAGAUUCACAGCAAUAUUCCAGUACUAUGCAAACCAUUUCAAGCAUGUCUGAAAGAAAUGAUACCAGAGCAACUGCUUAUGUUAGAAAUAAUGGGGAUGAGACACAAAAACCUCUUAUGAGUGACCUUGAAAUUGGAAAUUUAUUUGACCUUGAGAAAAUAGAUGUCCUUGAUGGUUCAGAGGACAAGAUCAGAGAAGAAAAUACUCAGAGUUGCCAGGGGUUUGACAAAAAGUGUGUAAUGUGCACCCUACAGCAAGCCCAAAGAGAUAUUCAACUUGCCCUUGAACAAAUGUCAAGGACAGACUUAACUGAUAUUCAGUCGAGUAGCUGUAAAGUUCACAAUAACGUGACAAAAACUUGUGGUGCUAGCAAUGUUUAAGUUAUUUAUUUGUGUAUUCUGAAGGAAAUUUAUAUAUUAUUUACUGUCAGUAUUUGUAUCACUGUAUUUUAAUUAUGAAAAAGAUUAUUAUUAUUAUUAUUAUUAUUAUUAUUAUUAAGGUAUACCUUUUUAUCAGGUGUUGGUCAAGUACAAAAUUGAGAUUUUUUAUUAAUUUUAUUUAGUUUAUAACUCUACAAUUGCUCUUAUGAAAAUAUUAUUGAAAUAUUUGUAAGCUAUUUACCAAAGAAAAUGCAUAGAUUAUAACUUAUUUCAUAAUACCAUGUAAAUCGAUAUGCUCAUAGAUUAAGAUACUGUUUUGUUAUAACAUUUAAUUAAAUAUUGCCUAAGA